CAAGCGUGGUUGAAAUGUUGCAUCAUGGCUUUUAUCAGCAGAGCGAGCUACGCCACACACUUGUGAGUUUUCCCAUCUGGUUUGAGUCGUCAUCUCCGAACAUUGUGAAAUUGGACACCUACUUUCUUAACCCUUCCCAACUCGUCCGCCCUCUCCACUCGCUGUUCUAAAAGUAGCGAAAGCUGUCCCGCAGGCUUUGGACUGUGAAUGUUAGCCCGUAUCAUGAAUGUUGUCGGUUUAAUCUAGAGGAGCAGAGCGAAAUCCUCCUCAGACUCUCCGCCGACCAGCCUGGAGCUUCUGUUCAAACAAACAGGGCUGAAGAGAAGGAUCUGGCGCGGGUGGGGGCAAAUGGAAGACAGAGGGGGGGUUUCCUCUCAGAAGAGGAAUGAUUUACCCGACUAAUAAGACAUUAAUGAAUCAGAGUGUAUUAAGAAGCUUGAGGGUCCUGUGUCUUUCGGAUUGGAGCGACUGCUGAGAUGUCAAGUUCAGUCUUCAGAUAAGGCGAGAUGGAUGAGGAGGCGGACAGCAACGGGCAGGAAGAACAUAGUUCUGAUGACCCUGCUCUUCCUGGACCCAGUGUGGUGGCAGAGACCCAGCUUCAACACUGCCAGGAGCCCCACACUCCAGACCAGGACUUGCCCAUCAUGCACUGGGAAGACCUGAGUUUGCGGAUAGCAGAGCUUGAGAAACAGGAGGAAGAGAGGAGAAGAUCAGAGUCGAGGGGUUCAACAGAACAAGAAUCAGUGCUGGGACAGCUGUCUCAAGGAAAACACGAGUCGCUUCUCAGGAAGCAAUGGGAAGAUAAGGAUGACUUUGGGGGAUGCCGUUUUCCAUUUAUUACAUCUCGGUUUAACAGCCCUAAAAACCUGCAGCUGUGUUUUACCAACAACAGUGAGAGCGAGGAAGAGGAUGAUGAAGGGACAUCCAGCAAAAAGAGCCCGCAUGACACAGCAGGACGUGGGCGUUGUUGUGCUGGUCUGAAACAGGAAGUGAGAGCAGCUCUAAGAGAGCUCAGAGAUAAGCUUUGGGCUGAACAGAAGCAGGAGCAGCAGCAGAAGACCCCCAAUGACUUAAACAUUCGCAGAAAAAUGCUUAGCCACAGUGACCUGCAGACCUGCUCUGUGCUUCAGCUAAAUGCCCUCAGUGCUUCCCUCAAUGAAGACAUACAAGAUCUAAGCUCAGAACUGGUGAAGCAUCUUGUGGUGCGGGACCAUCUUCGAACAAAACAAGAUGCCAUGCUCCUGGAUGUACAGGAUAUGACAUCUCUAUGACUCAUUUUAAGGCAGGAGUAGCCAUAAUUAUAUGGACUACAUGGACUACAGUGGAACAUGGGAUUUCUCGACUUCAGCAGCGUACUGUUAGAUAAGAUACUCUUAUCCAUCUUUCCGCUAACUAAAGCCACAGCAUCCUGUUUGUCUUGAGUUGCUCACAGAAAUGUUGGUCAGUAUGUGAGUUGCAUUAUUUUCAGUCACAAGUUUUAUUGUGAGAAAUGUGGCGUUAUAAAUGUGAAUGAGUAGCUCUUUAAGUAUAAAACAAGCAUGCUUCUCAUUAUCUAAAAAAUGACGCCUGGUCAUGUAGGGUCAGUUGUAGCACCUAUAAGAACUAUGAAAGCUGCUAUGGAUUCUGUGUGCGAUUAAUAACUGUGAGGUAUAUUAAUCAGUGAUUCGUUUUCAAUUAAAGAUGCUUCCUGUGGAUAUGACCUGCAUGAAAUAAUCUAUAAUAUCAGCCGUGAAGGUGCGGCCAAAAGCCACACUGCAUGUGGGAAUUUCAUAACUGACACUUUCUGUUGUUACUUUUUUUUCCAAAAAUUGACAGAAUUUAUAUUAAUUGAAUAAAUUUGUAACAUUUAUUUAAUACA